UUGCAGUCACGAGGGAAGCGGGUGUUUCGGUUGCUAUAGCAGCCGUAGCUUUAAAGGUACAGCCUUGAUGAAGGAGAAAAGAAUAGCAACAACUUGCACACGAUGGACAUCGAUAACAGCUUGCAUUGUCUCAAAGAGCAGCUUCAGUCUGUGACGAUACGUGAAGAGGAACAAGAAUCAGCUGAAAAAGAAGAGGAGGAAGAAGAACAGGGCCCAGCUAACUCGUUUUCUGAUAUUUUAGUUCGUGAGAUUUCGCUGUCCUCUGGGUCUACUGACAGGGGGUUCUGGGUUCCGAUUACCACUUAUAAACACAGAAAUGAAGAAUUUAAGAAACUAUUCAAACACCUGCUGGAGUCUGAGAAAUUAAUUGUGGACUAUGCCUGUGCUCUCCAGAGAGACAUCCUGCUGCAGGGACGCCUGUACCUCUCUGAGAACUGGCUGUGUUUCCAUAGUAACUUCAUUCUCUGGGAAACUACGAUAGCAAUAGCUUUGAAAGAUGUAACCUCGAUGUCAAAGGAGAAGACUGCGAGACUGAUCCCCAAUGCCAUUCAGAUUGGGACGAACAAUGAAAAGUUUUUCUUUACAUCAUUUGCUGCUAGAGAGAGAAGCUACCUCAGUAUCUUCAGGAUGUGGCAGAACGCAUUACUAAACAAGAAUUUGACAAAGCAAGACUUUUGGCACAUGGUCCAGCAUAAUUAUGGGAGUGAUUUGGGAUUAAAUAACGAAGAAAUGGAGAGUUUAUCGUUAUCCACAGAAAACCUCAAUCGAAGUGGGGUUUCAGCAACACACACCAGUGAUGAAUUUUCUCUUAAACUAGAGAGACGGAGCAGUCUUAAAUUCCCACUGAUAGAAACGCCAAUGGAGGAUGCAAGCAGUCGAGCUGAAGGAGAAAUAGGAUUACCCACAACACCAGCGGUGAUAAAUGGAACCUCAUUAACACUGGAGGUAUUCGGAGAUAAUCAUGUUGGCAGGAGCCCAGUCAUGACCUCCGAGAGGAAUGCCAAGGAUCCUGCACUUUCUCUAGACCUCAAUGGAAAUGAAGAUCUGUUGUCGGAGAGGAGCGGCUCUGAUGUCAAUGAAGAAGCAGAGGAGGGACUCUUUGCUAAUGAUGUCCAAGGAAGAUUGUAUAUCAACCGGAUAUUUCAUAUUAGUGCAGAGAAGAUGUUUGAACUCCUGUUUACUGACUCCCAUUUUCUACAGCGAUUCAUGCAAAAGAGAAAAAUCACAGAACUGGUGAGCAGUCCGUGGGUGAGGGACGAUAGUGAAAAUCAGAAAAAGACUCUGAAUUACACCAUCACUAUCUCAAAUCCUCUCAUUGGCAAAUUCUCAACAGCAACAGAAUUGCAGACCAUGUACAAAGAUAGUCAGCAAGGACAAUAUUAUCUCAUAGACGCUGACGUGGUAACCCACGAUGUACCCUACCAUGAUUAUUUCUACACAUCAAACCGUUAUUGCAUCAUUCGGACCUCCAAACACAAGUGCAGGUUACGAGUUUCAACUGAUGUUAAAUACAAGAAGCAGCCAUGGGGUCUGAUCAGAUCCUUCAUUGAGAAGAACUCCUGGAGUGGUCUGGAAAAUUAUUUCAGACAUUUAGAGUCUGAUUUGGUGACGGAGGAGGCUCAUCUGAACCAGAGCACUGCAGACCCCAGCAAGCCAGGCGCAUUGCGGAGGCGAAGGAGGACGUACAGCCGCUCUCUGGUGGACCGCCUGUCCAAACAGUCCCUGAAACAGUUCUCAGCCGGGGACCUUGGAGCAGAGCGCAGUGAGGAGUAUUCAAGAGUAAACUUGGAUCUGAAAAAUACACAGAAAUAUAACCUCACCAAAAUUUUGCUAUCAAUGAGUGUUAUCCUUCUCAUUUUGACUCUACUGAACUUGAUUUUGUUCUUCAAGCUGUGGGCUAUAGAGGACGUCGCACGUAGGAUACACGUAUCCAACGAGCUCCGAUUCCCAGAAAAAAUUAAUUUAAAUUCAACUCCAAAUAUCAAUAAUAAACUGCCAAAAACAGAUAAAGAAAAAACUGCUAGGUUGAAAAUUGUGCUUCAGGAAUCUAUAGCUCUGCUGGAACAGAUGAAACGCUCACUACUGAUGCUGCAGACAAAUUGUGAGCUUCACAACAAGACGUGAGUGAUGUGAGAAACCCAGAAAAUGAAACCACUCCACAGCUUGCACAAUACAGAAUGUUUAAUCUGCUGCAUUGUUAAAGACUCAUUUUAAAUAAAUAAACUUUUGCAUAAUUACCGUUAUGUUGCUGUUACUUCACACAUUCCAGUUGUCAAGUAUCAUGAAAGGGUGAUGCUGUGAUGUUGUUUUUCUGUGACUUAAAUCAUAUUAUUAUUUAUGUUUUUUUUUUUUUUUAAAGGCUGCAUUUGAGUAACGUCAUUUAAGUAAAUGCAGUCCAUGUUUUCAUUUGAUAUACGUUUGUUUUCUCAUUAUGUUUCUGGAAACUGCUGCAUUGAAUAAGUUCACAUUUCCAGUGCCAUCUGGUGGCAACACAAGGAACUACAGCAACUACUGUUCUGUACAUGUUUCUUUUUUUAUUAUUAUUAUUAUUUGUUUAUUUAGCAGACGCCUUUAUCCAAGGCGACUUACAGAGACUCGGGUGUGUGAACUAUGCAUCAGCUGCAGAGUCACUUACAAUUACAUCUCACCCGAAAGACGGAGCACAAGGAGGUUAAGUGACUUGCUCAGGGAUACACAAUGAGGCAGUGGCUGAGGUGGGAUUUGAACCGGGGACCUCCUGGUUACAAGCCCUGUUCUUUAACCACUGGACCACACAGCCUCUUUUUGCUAGAAAACAGUAGUUUAACCGGAAGUCAGUUUCAGUGACUGACCCUAUAGUCUUAUUUAAGAUAAAAUUUUAGGGGGGAGAAAAAUGUGUUCCCACUCUCGAUUUUGGUAGAUUACUGUUCUUAAUUUCCCAAAAGGGAUGUAAAACUUGAGUUCAAAUAGCAGUAAAAGUACUGUAGGUUCACGUUUGACUUUAUUCUUAAUGUCUUCUGAGUUGCACAUGCUUGGUUUGAGUCGAGAAGAGUGGACCACCUGUUCUAAUCAAUAUCAGAAUGAGAGAGCUAUACAGUACCAUAAUAAUAUUCAACCACUUAAUAUUCAGCAGAAGCAGUGUAUAGCCAACCACACCAUAAGCCAUAAUGCAAAUGAUUAUGCUCAUAGAUCUUUUAAUAGCCAGUGAGUAAUUUCAGGGGUUUUGAGGAUCGGUUCAACAAGCGGAGUCACACGCUUUCAUCGAAAACACAUAUCCAAACACAAAAACAGUAUGGGUGUAAGCUUGUAGACAAUCCUUAGGAUAAGUCUUCUGGAAGUCUGUAUUCUCGUUAACAAGUGCAUUUUACAAUAUAUUUAUAGAUACAUUAUUUGUUCAAAGUAAAAAACUGUAGCUGUUUUAGUUGAGUUUUAAAAUGUGCAUGUUGAAGAAUGCAAUAAAUGUGUGGCUAUAGAGGUCAGUAUAACAGCUGUGAAAGAGGGUGGUGGGGGAACUUCCUUUGUGGGUCUGAAUUGACAUCGCCCCAAAGAGAACAUGGUCAAUGGUGUCACCAAUUACUAUUUAUUUAUUUAUUGUACUUCAAAAACUACUUGAACUGUGUGGUUAUAAAUAUUGUAUUAUUGAAGGUAAAAGCAUGCACUUACAGCAGAUAUAGUAUUCAUUCCAACUGAGCUCUCGAUUACACUUAGUACAAUCAUUUAGUCAAACCUAUUUAUAAAAAACACUCAAAGAACUGUUUAAAAGUGGUCCUUGUGUCCAGGUUAUUAAACAUGGUGGAGUGCCUUUUAAUAUAUGUUUUGAAUGUACAAUUUA